AGCUCGGUCCUAUCUUCCCGCCAGCAGGGCACGCGCGUCUGGGCGCGAGACCUGACCGAAAAGAGAGCCAAGGCGCGUGCGCGACAACCCCGCCACCCCCCAUUUCCAGUAUAUCGGGGGCGACAGAGAGACCGUGACAAGGCCAUAGAGAAAUAUAUCUCUCUCACGAAUAUUGAAUGCAGAACCCAGAAUUAGAGAGACGACCGUUCACUAGUGAAAAGGCUGCGCUGUGAGAAUUUACAGAGCUAAAAGGCCCAGGUCAGUGUGGUGCGGCCUCAAAGUGCAGCGCUACUGAGAUCUGUGAAAGGCCGGAACUCAGGCUUCGCUUCCUGUCAUAUUUGCUUGUCUUCCUGGGGGAGUGACCGGUACGAAAAACCUGACACCCGGAGUGAAAAUACCAUGAAAGCCCAGGGAAGUGAAUAAAAGCGUUGAGGCCUUAGCCGAACCACGGUCUAAAGUGGCAGCACAACCCCGCCAGGCUGAAGAUACUGCUAUCCCUACACUUGACUGUUGGUCCUGUCUUUUUUUUUACCAUGGAUACGGAUCCUCAUCAUUGAGUUCCCUAUGCCGGACAUGUGAGCCCCGGCUGCUUCUAUCCUGAGAAUGAAGACGCCCCCUCCCAUUGUAUAAACACAGCAUCCUUGUAUAGACCGGGGGGGACUGGAGAACCCCCCAGCACCCCUACACAAUGAACCGAGGAUAAGCCGGGCGGGGGGUAUGUGAGCUGCGGCGUCCUCCCCUCCCUCAUAGACUGGAUUGCAAGAGAGGGAUCCUGGAUUUUGGAGAGGGGGAGGGUGAAUGUAUCUGGUCCGGUGUGUGGAGAUGAAAAGACGGCUUCCCUCAGAGGACAGCUGAUAUCUGGUUACAUUUGUGUAUUGCUCUUUGUGUGCGCCUGGUGGGAUUUUUGUAUUCUCGUCCCCCGUGGGACACGAGGUUGGGCACCUUGCGCAUUUGGAUCUUAUCGUUACCCCAUGGAUGUUUAACAAUUAUAAAUCCCAAAUAGCUCUUUUCUCUAUGCUGGAGCCCGCGGCUUGAAGAGUCGGCAAUGAACCCGGUGAAUGCCACCUCCCUGUACAUCUCAGCGAGCCGCUUGGUGCUGAACUAUCACCCCGAGGAUCCACAGGCCUCGGCCGAGAUCUGCAAAAUGCUCCCCUUCUUCAGGCAGGCCCUGUCCUGCUGUGUGUGCGGAAAUUUGCUUGAAGACCCCAUUGCUCCAACCAAUUCUACAUGUCAGCAUUAUGUGUGCAAGCAUUGCAAGGGUAAAAAGAUGAUGAUGAAACCCUCCUGCAGCUGGUGCAAGGACUAUGAUCAGUUUGAAGAGAACAAACAGUUGAGCAUACUGGUGAGCUGCUACAAAAAGCUGUGCGAGUAUAUUACACAGACACCUCUUGCACAAGAUAUAAUUAAUACUGUAGAAUGUUCUGCAGACAUUUUGGCCUUUCUGCCUGAAGAUUCUCCACCUGAAGAGGAACAAGGAACUUCUUCAGAACCCCCUUCACCACUGUGCCCAUCCCAUUCUCCGUUACCAUCUAACUCAGAACCUGCUACAGAAUCUGAGGUAAAUAUUUGUCAGAUUCCUCAGGCUGCACCAGAAAUUGAUACGGAAUGCACAGUAGCUAAUGGCUUACCAAAUUGCAAUGGGUUAUCUGAAACUGAAAUUGCUGUAAAUAUCCAUUCCCCUGAAAGCCCAAGUCCUAUAGACCUGUGCUGCUCAGCUGUUGACAUAAAAACAGAAGACCUUUCUGAAAGCUUAGAGACGGUUUGCGAUCCUGUCUCCACUAGUGAGUUAUGUGCAGCAGGACUUGACAUCUGUGGCUAUAGUGAUGACCUAAAAAGUGGUGGGCCAUUAUUGCUUAGUGUUGAGGAAGUUCUCCAAAGCUUAGAGACUGUGUCUGGUGCAGAGGUCAGUGACUGUGAUUUGCAGCACAGUAUGGAAACCACUGUUUCUAAUGGACCUUUCCUCGACCUCUGUCCUCAGCCCCUUUCGCACACUUUAUUGCUCUCAGACAGCCACUCUUCAUCACGUGGGCUCUCUUGCGCAGCUGCCACCUUGAAAAUGGUUAAAACAAACCGUAAGCGUUCACGUUCUGAGAGCGAUAGCGAGAAGGUCCUGCCACUUCCCAUCUCCAGCAUUAUCCUGGGACCUACACUUGGUGCCCCUACUCCCAUGUUAUUUACAAGGGAUAACAGACAUUUUCUACAGCCUAUGGCUACUCUCCCAAAUGGUGGCAGUUCACCGAAAAUCGGCAAAAAUAUUUUGUUGUCAAAUAAAGCUCUAAAAAAGAACCCAGAGCAUGGACCCAAAAAAUCUCAUCCAAAAUCCAAACCUACAUUACUGAAAACGAAAGACAAGGUGAAGGAAAAAAUACCCAGCAAUAACAUAAUGCCUGGGAGUCCAACCAAAACUGUUUAUAAGAAGCCACAGGAGAAAAAAGGCUGCAAAUGUGGACGUGCUACUCAAAAUCCAAGUGUUCUUACAUGCCGAGGCCAGCGUUGCCCUUGUUACUCAAAUCGCAAAGCCUGCCUAGACUGCAUAUGCCGUGGCUGCCAAAACUCAUAUAUGGCAAAUGGGGAGAAGAAGCUAGAGGCAUUUGCAGUACCAGAGAAGGCUCUGGAGCAAACCAGGCUUACUUUGGGCAUUAAUGUGACAAGCAUUGCAGUACGCAGUGCCAGCACAAGCGCCAAUGUUAUUAAUGUCACAGGUUCUCCUGUAGCAACAUUUUUAGCUGCCAGUCCCCAUGAUGACAAAAGCCUAGAUGAAGCUAUAGACUUGAGGUUUGACUGUUAAAUGGGCCAGCUAUUUUCCAGCUUUCAUUGGGCUGGUGAAUGGCUGCAUUUUUAAGGCAGCUAUGGUUCUGUUUGGUUAACUUGCCGGAGCUUCUGCAUAUAGAUCACUUGUAUCAAGUGUGUUUAUUGCUAAGUUAUGUGUUCAUGUUUGUGGUGGGUGGGAAGGGAGGGAGCUGCGGGAAUGGGACAAGGGACACUGUUGGUAAGAGAAAUUGUAACCCGAAAAUCUGUAUGUCUGUUUCCUCGACUUCAGUUAGAGGGUUGUUAUGAGAGUUCAAUUUUAUGAUGCACCUGAUUUAUAGAAAUUGAUCUUUGGCAAGAAUAGCAGACACAAAUAACCUCUUGUAUCCUGUCCUAUGUUAUGCUCAAACAAGAUGUCCAGCCUGUUUAAAAAGUGGUUUAGUUAGGUUGAACUUGUUGCUUAAAAACUAUAUAAAGCAAAUAUGGCACCCAAUUUAUUCUUUUAUGAAUAUUUUAACUACUAAAGUACAUAUGAGAGUA